UUCCUCUGUGGGCCCGAGAUAUGGCAAUGGUAGUUAGCAGCUGGCGAGAUGCGCAAGAGGACGUGGCCGGGGGCGGCCCCACCGGAGCAGCUCAGCCGGGCCGAGAUCCGCAGCAAGGGGCCUCGGCGGCCCCCCACACGCCGCAGACGCCGAGCCAGCCGGGCGCCCCGUCCACGCCGGGCGACAAGGGCCAGCAGCAGCAGGGCUCGGGCCAGCAGCAGCAGCAGCAGCAGCACAUCGAGUGCGUGGUUUGCGGCGACAAAUCCAGCGGCAAGCACUACGGGCAGUUCACCUGCGAGGGCUGCAAAAGUUUCUUCAAGCGGAGCGUCCGCAGGAACUUAACGUACACUUGCCGGGCCAACCGGAACUGUCCCAUCGAUCAGCACCACCGCAACCAGUGCCAGUACUGCCGCCUCAAGAAGUGCCUCAAAGUGGGCAUGAGGCGGGAAGAAGGGGGAGAAAGGUGGCACGAAUCCCAGCCCUUCAUAUUAGAUCAAUUUCCAGCAGCCUCCUUUUCCCCCCUCGGUCAGAAAGCUGAAAGAGACGGUCUCGGUUCAGCGAGGAAGGAUGCCUCCGAGCCAGCCGAACCCGGGCCAGUACGCGCUGACCAACGGCGACCCGCUGAACGGGCACUGCUACCUGUCGGGCUACAUCUCGCUGCUGCUGCGGGCCGAGCCGUACCCGACGUCGCGCUACGGCAGCCAGUGCAUGCAGCCCAACAACAUCAUGGGCAUCGAGAACAUCUGCGAGCUGGCGGCGCGGCUGCUCUUCAGCGCGGUCGAGUGGGCCCGCAACAUCCCCUUCUUCCCGGACCUGCAGAUCACCGACCAGGUGGCCCUGCUGCGCCUCACCUGGAGCGAGCUCUUCGUGCUCAACGCGGCCCAGUGCUCCAUGCCGCUGCACGUGGCGCCGCUGCUGGCCGCCGCGGGCCUGCACGCCUCGCCCAUGUCCGCCGACCGCGUGGUGGCCUUCAUGGACCACAUCCGCAUCUUCCAGGAGCAAGUGGAGAAGCUCAAGGCCCUGCACGUCGACUCGGCCGAGUACAGCUGCCUCAAAGCCAUCGUCCUCUUCACGUCAGACGCCUGUGGCCUGUCGGACGCGGCGCACAUCGAGAGCCUGCAGGAGAAGUCGCAGUGCGCCCUGGAGGAGUACGUGCGGAGCCAGUACCCCAACCAGCCCAGCCGCUUCGGCAAGCUGCUGCUGCGGCUGCCCUCGCUGCGCACCGUCUCGUCCUCGGUCAUCGAGCAGCUCUUCUUCGUCCGCUUGAUGCAGAAGACCAGCGGAGAGACCAAGAGAGAGCACAUUUUAUAUGGUGGGCACUUAAAGCUGCAUAAUCACCAUUGCCAGCAGCUAGAGUCUGUAUGGACUAGUCAGUUUCAAUAGGCAGGCUGGAAAAUGUGCUCUUUGGGCAUUUCCUGAUUCACUUGGGCAUUCCUCGAAGAAUCUAGCUUCAGCUGAAUGGCCUAGGGCCGGCCUAGCAUGCCUUGGUUUUUUUCCUUUUUUCCUGGAAGGGAGGCAUCUGAGGCCGUCCUUAAACAUACUGCCCCUGCUAAGAUGAAGAUCCUUGAGUAAAUUGAACCAAAUGUGUUUUCUUCUUAACACAAGUCACAGUAUCCAUUGUGAAGUUAUCCUUUUGAUGAAGUAAAAAAUAAGAUUUUGUACAAACCAUCCUUUUCCUUCUUCCCUAUUGUCCCACCUUCAUUCUUUUUAAAUUUCACUUGAUGAAGGACAAUAAUACAAAAUUAUACUUCUAAAAUGUGAUCAGGAUUUUUUGCCUAGUCUAGAUAAGGUAUAGGGAAGGGUAUUGAUUUUCUGGGUUGUGGGACUCCUUGCGCUUUGUGUCUAAGGAGAAAGUACUGAAAUCUCCUGUCCUGAUUCAGCCAGUUUGCCUUAGAGAAGGGCAUUCCAAUGAUGCUAGAGUUGCUGACAUUUCAGCAGAAUCUCAGACCCUUAGGCCUCAAGAAAAAAUCUGGCUAGACCCUAUCCUAAAUUUAUGGGAAUGGAGUCACUUCAAGAGAUUGGUAAAAGCCAAGCCAAUUUCCCAUGGUCUUAUCUCCAUUUGACUUGUCACCCGGCCACAAAUCUAUUACCCUUUGACAGAAAUAGAAUCUAAUGUUGGAUGAGCUUUGCUUAAUGCCUAAGAUAAAAAGUGCUACCUGUCUACUACUUUCCCAAGCUUUCUGCUAGCUUUUGCUCCAGUUAUAGGGUCUGUUCUUGAAGAAGUUGGCCAGUUCUCAAUUUCCCUACCAAAUCAGUUUUGAAAUAUUGUGCCACAAUAAACCAUUUUUUUGCCUCUCAAACAGGCUUCCUGUUAAGCAUUUUCUAGUCAUUUGGAGCCUCUCUGGGGGAGAUCUUGAGAACUGCAAACUUCCUAAUCAAAGAUGAUGAUGGUGGUGGUUUUGCAACAUGGAAAUGCAUGUGUUUGUAAAUUUUCAGUAGUAUUCAAGGUCAACAACAAAACUUUAAGGUGUAAAACUGAUUUAGACUGACUGUGGUAAAUUGAAAUUGUGCAUUUUGCCAAGCAUUGGUCAUUUUAAGUAUAAAUGCUGGGAGCCUAAAAAAGACAAGGGGACUGACUGUAAACCCAGAUUGCAAACUGGAAGUCAGUUGCGUCACUCUGCCUUGAUUUCCAUGUAAAGGCAUCUAAGUCUGCAUGAUGAAUGGUCUUCAGCCCAACUGGUUAUGGACAGGGUCAGGGUGAUUUUAUAACACGGUGCCAGGCUUAGUGAUAUGAGAGUUAGACUGUGAUCUUUUUUACCAGCUAACUAGAAUAGAGCUCUUCUGUUUAUCAGAGGCUUCUAAGCAGAAUUAUUGACGGGAAAGAAAGAAAGCACUUUGUUCAGUCACACUUAGCGUCACUGAAGGGGGAGGUGAUUAAUAAAUGUAUUUCAGAUGCAAUUAAAAAUA